UUAUCUCUGAAAGAGCUUGGAUGAUGGACCUUUCAAUUCCUCUACAAUUAGUAGCUGAGUUACAGAGUAACCUGCCAGCAAUCCUAUCGGCAUUCAUCAGACUAUUUAAAUAGAGCAAAGUCCACAAAAAGUUCCACUGAGACAUGCUGAGCAAAGGCCGGAGCCCCAGAAGAAAACAAGUACAGGCUCAGAGGAAAGCUGCCCUGGUCCUGAGUGUGACUCCCAUGGUCCCCCUGGGGUCGUGGUUGGCAAUGAGCUCUGUGCUGUCAGCUUUCAUGAGGGAGCUCCCUGGCUGGUUCCUGUUCUCUGGGGUCUUCCUCCCCGUGACUUUGCUGCUGCUCCUCCUCAUCGCCUACUUCAGGAUCAAACUGAUUGAGGUUAACGAAGAACUGUCCCAGACUUGUGAUCGCCAACAUAAUCCCAAGGAUGGUUCUUCCCUGUACCAGAGAAUGAAAUGGACGUGACGUUGGGGACUUUCCAAUAACUAAAGCACAAUGAGUUUCUACUGGUCAGCAAG